AUGAGCAAUUAUGGAACUUCGUCUAGUCAUCUGUUUACCAAUGGAAACGGAAGUUACCAACAUGAUUUGCAUUUCAAUGAGUAUUCGAACCAAUUCAACCGUCAGAUUCACACUUAUGCAACACACUCAACGUUCUCGCCGUCCGCGUUGAACAGAAAUUCAGUUGAAGCUGUUCCUUCAACAGGUCCCGCUUACACAACGCAAGAACUCCUUCGUAAAUGUAUAACAAAUGGAAUACUCGAUUUAUUUGAAGCGGGUCGGAUUGUUUAUGAUUCUUAUCUGCGACGGAUUCCGGAGAUUGAUCGCGAUCGCUAA